UGCAGUGAGCCAAGAUGGCGCCAUUGCACUCCAGCCUGGGCAACAAGAACGAAACUCCAUCUCAAAAACAAACAAAAAACUCAGAAUCCUGGUGAGAGGAUGGAAAGGCCACACAGUGUGACAGAGACCACCGGCCACACCCGACAGGUAUGCAUGCAGAAAGCUUUUGGUCUUCCUUGUGUCUUGCAAAUCAGAAAUCAGCCAGCUAACUAGAAAAUUGGCAAGAUACUGCAACCAGCAGUGGCUGAGGCUGGAUGACCCUGCGACCGUGUGCCAGAGAAGAUGCUCGGUCUCCCCGGUGGCGGCCACCAUCCGCUUGCCAACGGCCUGAGUGUGGACAGGUGUGUGCCCAUAGGGUGCAGAGCCAUAGGACUCGCUGGCAUUGCUGGAAACAGUGAGGGACAGGGACAGAUGCAUUCCAGGAUUUGACCUAGACAUGGCCUCACCUCCCUCCGGUCCUGUCCUACAGAAAGCCAGGCUCUGUGCAGCCUGACGCCAGGAGCCUGGAAGGCCACCGGCCUUGAGCCAGGAUAGGCCACGGGGAGUGGGGCCGUCGGGGGUGGUGGCAGUGAUGGGGGCCUCUGGAACUCAGCAGGGCUGAAUGUGUGUGUGUAGGCCUCGGUGUUACCACAGGAAUCAAUGAGGCCUGGAGCCCCCUUACCAGCUGCCGCAACCCCGGUGAGGCUCCGCCUGCCCACGACGCUCGGCCUCUCCCAAAGGAAGAGAACAGGGACAGAUUCUCCCUUCCCACCUGGAGUGUGCAGGGCUCCCAGGUGUGGUGUGUGGCCUGACACAGGCCAGAGGCCCCCACACGGGGACUUCUCCUGAGAAGAGGCUGCCCAGGUCCACUGGCCCCAGGCCCCUGCUGAGUCCGCGUUUUCUGCUGAGUAAACGGAUCGUGGGUUUUUCUGGGUGUGGACUUUCUCCCCGUGGAUCUAUAAUUUCUCAGAAGAGGAGCCGAGACGCCACCUGGAAAAUGAUCAAUUCUUGAUAAAGGGAAGACGAUGACAGUGGGCCGGCGGCUUCCCACAGCUCUGCACGGGGCCCGCCAGGUGAGGCCGGAGCCGCGGACAGGGUAGGGCCUGGAGAGCUGCCGUCUCCCCCAGCCCCGGCUCUGCCUCCACCUGCGCCCCUCCCGGCCGCUUCCCUGAACGCUUUCCCACUGCCGAGGGACUGGUGGGCAGGCCCCGCUGACAGCCAGAGGAGGGGCCAGCAGGGACCUGGAGAGGAGGGGCUGCAGCGGCUCAGGCCCUGGUGGAGACAGCGACUGACUGGGAAGUGGUCUGAGCAGGUGGAGGGGAACGAGGGGCCGCUGGAGGCAGGUGGAGACGGAGCCCAGGGGUGGCCUCGGACAUGGCUGGGCACACAUUCCUGUGGCCUCUCUGCACACAAGCGGUGACUGUGGGGCGGCCAGGCCCUCACCAGAGCCUUGGGGCACAGCAAGGGGCAGGUGAGGCUUGUCUGGGGCACAAGACCUGGCUCCCAUGGCCAGGCCACCCCCACAUUUUCCCUGAGGAUGGUGCAGGGCAAAAGCAAACAGGCGCCUGCAGCCCUGCCAGGCAUUCCUAGAAGAGGCUGGGGGCGGGGCAGUGGCCAGACACCAGCGCCCGUAAGGUCACGGGAGAGGUGGGGCGAGCUUGGGCCCUGGACAGCACCACGGGCCUGAAGAACAAAUGGCAGCUCCCACCCAGGCUUUAGGGAACCCCGGGGAGGGCGUGUGGACGGCUGGGUGGGGCGCGGGGAAGGGGAGGCAGCCCCUGAACCCCACAUGGCUGGCUGCUCAGGCCAGGGGUGAAGACCCCAGGAGCUGCCCAAGGGGCACCCUGCCCGCAAGGAGCUGGUAAAGUCCUGGGCUCCCCAAAUCUGCCUCGAGCCGCAGCCUCUCCCAGGUUGCUGCAAGGGGUCCCCACCCCAACCUCGCUGCCCAGCCCUCCCCCGUCAGCCCUGCACAGGGCCCGGGCACUGGCCAUCAGCCCCCAGGGCCACAUCACAGCCCACCUCGGACCCCGACAGAAGCUCCCUCACCCCCUGCACUGUCUGCACCCUAGGGCUCCGGGCCGAUACUGGCUGCCCGGCACGAGGGGGUUAACAGAGCCAGGGCCAGCUGGGUUGGGUCAGCCAGGUGACAGGCGCGGGCUGCCCCGCAGUGGGGAAAUCCAGAGGGCAGGGGUGGCCGGCGCAGCAGACGUACCCUCCCUUGCUGCCUGCCUGCGGCCUGCUCUGCACGCGGGAUGGCCCUGAGGAAAGGUGAGGCCCCCAAGCGCCCCGCCACCUGCUCUGGGGGUGGCCAGUCCGUGACCCUGAGCCCACUGGGGGGGAGGCUAGGGGUGACCCCCAGGAAGUCCCCCCCAGGGACUGGGGAGCCCACAGUCGGAAAUGCAUCUGCUGGGGUUGGCAGGGAGAUGCAGCUGUGCCUGGCAUCAGAGGGUCUGUGUCCUGUCCUUCACCCUAAGGGCACUGGCGGCAGCGCAGGGGAGGAGGACCAGGCACAGGCCGGAGCCUUCAGCCCCCAGAACAGCGGGCACAGCAACAGGAGGUGCCCCUCACAGCCUGCGUCGUGGGCCCAGCCCAGGCAGGAGAUGUUGGCUCACACCCCCCGUCUCUGUGGGGUGACCCCUUGCGGCUUCGGCCACCCCCAACCCAUCACGGCAGAAGGGCGGUCAGGGGGACCCCACCUCGCUGUCCCUGCCACCAUCCCAGCGAUUCCACACACUCUGAGGAUGGGGGGGGCUGUACAGGGGAGGUUUUGGGUCAUCACUGCUUGGGACGCUGCUGGCCGGGUCUGUGAGGCCUGUGGACCCUUGUCCUGAAAGGCAAUGUGAGCCUCGGUGACUGACGGUCCGGGGUUCCUACCUGUCCCCCAACAGUGGUGCCCCGGUCCCCCCACAGCACCCAAGACCUGGAUGCAGGCAGGUGAGACCCCGCUAAGGGGACCUAACUGGGGCAGGAGGUGCCCAGCUCACUUCCAGCCUCUUAGGGCAGUGAGCGAGUGCCCACCCAGACCUACUCCAGAAUGUUCGGAAAAUGGCCGGACCUUGGCCAAUGGCUCAGUUCCCUCCCCUUGCUCUAGGCCAACGUGGCAGCCUGGCCUGGCUCAAGUACCUGCCUUGGGGGUGCGGCUGCCACAUGCCAGACAGCCCGAGACCCAGCCUGGCCGAGCCCACGUGGCCUGCGCAGAGCUAGAGAGCCAAGCCCUCAGCGUCUAGGCAGCAGGGCGGGGCGGCCACUCCUCUGCCCCAUGGGGUGGGGAGCGCAGCGUCAGCUUUUGGGCCGGAGGACCUGUGGGGCUCACCGGCUUCUUCGCAUCUCAGCGGAUGACCUCGAGCCUCAGUUCACACCUGAGCACCGCUUCUGGCUGUGCUGGUAUCAGGCUCACUCGGGCAGAGCCCUCCUCGGGCCGUCUCCCCAAGCCUCUCCCCCCGCAGGAGGCCUGGCCUUGGCGCUGCUGCUGCUGUCCUGGGUGGCACUUGGCCCCCGCAGCCUGGAGGGAGCAGAGCCCGGAACGCUGGGGGAAGCCGAGGGCCCAGCGUGCCCGGCCACCUGUGCCUGCAGCUACGAUGAGGAGGCGGAUGAGCUCACCGUCUUCUGCAGCUCCAGGAACCUCACGCGCCUGCCUGACGGGAUCCCGGGCGGCACCCAAGCCCUGUGGUUGGACAGCAACAACCUCUCGUCCAUCCCCCCGGCGGCUUUCCGGAACCUCUCCAGCCUGGCCUUCCUCAACUUGCAGGGCGGCCAGCUGGGCAGCCUGGAGCCGCAGGCACUGCUGGGCCUGGAGAACCUGUGCCACCUGCACUUGGAGCGGAACCAGCUGCGCAGCCUGGCGGUCGGCACCUUUGCGCACACACCCGCGCUGGCCUCGCUGGGCCUCAGCAACAACCGCCUGAGCAGGCUGGAGGACGGGCUCUUUGAAGGCCUCGGUAACCUCUGGGACCUCAACCUUGGCUGGAAUAGCCUGGCCGUGCUUCCCGAUGCGGUGUUCCGUGGUCUGGGCGGCCUGCGCGAGCUGGUGCUGGCGGGCAACAGGCUGGCCUACCUGCAGCCCGCACUCUUCAGCGGCCUGGCCGAGCUCCGGGAGCUGGACUUGAGCAGGAACGCGCUGCGGGCCAUCAAGGCCAACGUGUUCGCGCAGCUGCCCCGGCUCCAGAAGCUCUACCUGGACCGCAACCUCAUCGCUGCUGUGGCCCCGGGCGCCUUUCUGGGCCUGAAGGCGCUGCGAUGGCUGGACCUGUCCCACAACCGCGUGGCUGGCCUCCUGGAGGACACGUUCCCCGGCCUGCUGGGCCUGCGCGUGCUGCGGCUGUCCCACAACGCCAUCGCCAGCCUGCGGCCCCGCACCUUCGAGGACCUGCACUUUCUGGAGGAGCUGCAGCUGGGCCACAACCGCAUCCGGCAGCUCGCCGAGCGCAGCUUUGAGGGCCUGGGGCAACUUGAGGUGCUCACGCUGGAUCACAACCAGCUCCAGGAGGUCAAGGUGGGCGCCUUCCUCGGCCUCACCAACGUGGCGGUCAUGAACCUCUCUGGGAACUGUCUCCGGAACCUUCCGGAGCAGGUGUUCCGGGGCCUGGGCAAGCUGCACAGCCUGCACCUGGAGGGCAGCUGCCUGGGCCGCAUCCGCCCACACACCUUUGCCGGCCUCUCGGGGCUCCGCCGGCUCUUCCUCAAGGACAACGGCCUCGUGGGCAUUGAGGAGCAGAGCCUGUGGGGGCUGGCGGAGCUGCUGGAGCUCGACCUGACCUCCAACCAGCUCACGCACCUGCCCCACCAGCUCUUCCAGGGCCUGGGCAAGCUGGAGUACCUGCUGCUCUCCCACAACCGCCUGGCGGAGCUGCCGGCGGAUGCCCUGGGCCCCCUGCAGCGGGCCUUCUGGCUGGACGUCUCGCACAACCGCCUGGAGGCGUGGCCUGGCAGCCUCUUGGCACCGCUGGGGCGGCUGCGUUACCUCAACCUCAGAAACAACUCACUGCGGACCUUCACGCCGCAGCCCCCCGGCCUGGAGCGCCUGUGGCUGGAGGGCAAUCCCUGGGACUGCAGCUGCCCCCUCAAGGCGCUGCGGGACUUUGCCCUGCAGAACCCCAGUGCCGUGCCCCGCUUCGUCCAGGCCAUCUGUGAGGGGGACGACUGCCAACCCCCCGUGUACACCUACAACAACAUCACCUGCGCCAGCCCGCCGGAGGUCGCGGGGCUCGACCUGCGGGACCUCAGCGAGGCCCACUUCGCUCCCUGCUGACCAGGGCCCCGGACUCGGGCCCCUGCCUGGCUCACCCUGUGCUGGGGACAGGUCCUCAGUGUCCUCAGGGGCCUGGCAAGCACGCGGCCCCGCGCCGUGCACUUGCUGAAAGACACUAGGGCCUGACUGGGGUGGAAGGCAGGGCGGCCCCCAGCUGUCAUCAAUUAAAGGCAAAGGCAAUUGAAUCUUAA